AUGGAUGGAAAAGGCAGCUCUCAACUUCCUCCCGGUUUUAGAUUCCACCCCACCGACGAGGAACUCAUCAUGUAUUACCUCAAAAACCAAGCCACUUCCAAGCCAUGCCCCGUAUCCAUUAUCCCCGAAGUGGAUAUCUACAAAUUCGAGCCUUGGGAAUUGCCUGAGAAGGCGGAAUUUGGAGAAAAUGAGUGGUAUUUCUUUAGCCCGCGUGACCGUAAGUAUCCCAAUGGGGCUAGACCCAACCGAGCUACAGUGUCCGGCUACUGGAAAGCCACAGGGACAGACAAGGCAAUCUACAGUGGGGCUAAGUAUGUGGGGGUGAAAAAGGCUCUUGUGUUCUACAAGGGUAGGCCUCCUAAGGGCAUUAAGACCGAUUGGAUUAUGCAUGAAUAUCGCCUUAGUGAUUCAAGGCCACGCCCCAAGAAGCACAAUGGUUCCAUGAGAUUGGAUGAUUGGGUGCUAUGUAGGAUCUAUAAGAAGAAGCAUGUGGGGAGAAUUUUGGAAGAGAAAGAAGAAAAUUUAGGUCCCCAAAUACCCGUUACAAAUUCAGAUGAUGGCGGUGAGCAGCACCAAGUGAAAUUUCCAAGGACUUUUUCCCUUGCUCAUUUAUUGGACAUGGAAUACUUGGGUCCAAUUUCACAACUUCUAGGUGACAAUUCAUACCAUUCAGCCUUUGAUUUCCAAGGCACCAUAAGCAAUAUUGCCGGAACCGACCCCCCUGGCGUGGACAAAUUCGAGUUAUUCCAACUGCCAUGCCAAUACAACGAUUCAACCAAGUUCCAAGUGAAUCAGAAUCACAUUCCGAACCAGCCUCUAUUUGUGAACCCAGUGUAUGAAUUUCAGUGA